AUGUUUGCAGUUGAAUUGCUCGAGCGACUCGGUUUGCCAACUGUCUAUCUUUGGAUUGGAUUCGGUCUGGUAGUCCUUCUAGCAUAUCCUACAUAUUUUGCAAUCUACAACCUAUACUUUCACCCAUUGAGAAAGUUUCCCGGGCCGCUCAUAGCCAGAUCCUCCUACAUCUGGUAUGCCAAGAAUUGGAUUGGAGGAAGAUGGCCUCAUGCAUUAUCUGAUCUUCAUGAAAAGUAUGGCCAAGUUGUUCGAAUAGCUCCUGAUGAGCUUGCAUUCAGCUCAGCUCAGUCUUGGAGGGAUAUUUAUGGACACUCGGUGAAGGGCAAGAAGUACUUUAGGAAAACCGACUGGUAUGCAGGUGUUGGUGAUCUACCCAGCUCCAUUUCGACAGAGCCAGAUCCACAAAAGCACAGUGCCAUGCGCAGAGUAUUAGCGAACGCUUUUAGUAAUUCUGUUCUGAAGGGCCAGGCAGAUGUCAUCAAUAAAUACUUGGACAUGUUUGUCAGUCAGAUCAAGAAACAUGAUAAUCCAAAUGGUAUCCCAGUCGAAGAAUGGUUUAACUGGCUGACUUUUGAUAUUAUCGGAGAUUUGACUUUUCAUGAAUCCUUUGGUGCAGUCGAAAACGCCCGAACCCAUUUUUGGAUUCAUUUGAUCAUCAACGGCAACUUUAUUCGAAGCCUCUAUCCAAUUUUCCAGAAGAUCCCUAUCAGCAGACUCUUCAUGAAAUGGAUCAUUCCAAACAUGGAUGAGAUUCGUCAGCAACGACGCGAACAUAUUGCUCAUACAAAAUCCAAAGCCAUGAAACGGGUCAAUCGUGAUGAUAUUGUCCAAAAAGAUUUUUUCAGCUUUUUACUUGGUAAAGAGGGGGCGGAUACUUCGGAGAUGUUCUUGACUGCGCAGGCUCACACUCUCAUCAUUGCUGGAUCGGAGACUACGGCUGUCACAUUGACGGCUAUGGUAUCAUUUUUACUUCGUUAUCCGGAUAAAAUGAAAAUUCUCGUUGAUGAAGUGCGUGGCGCAUUUACUGACAGGUCUCAAAUCAAUGUCGAAGGAACUCUGCCUCUAGAAUACCUCUUCGCUGUCAUUGAGGAAACGCUACGCAUUCUCCCUCCAGUACCAUUCGGCCUUCCUCGCACGUGCCCUGGAGCGGUCAUCGACGGUCAUGUGGUUCCAGAAGAGACCAUCGUUUCGGUCUCUCCAUAUACAGCAUGUCACGAUGUAAGAUAUUGGCAUGAUCCCGAGGGUUGGCAUCCCGAGCGAUGGCUCCCUUCUGGCCACCCUCUUCAUAACCCUGUAUUUGAUCAAGAUAAUAAAGAGGCAAGCAAACCGUUUAGUACUGGACCUCGAGUUUGCUUGGGUGUUAAUUUAGCAUAUAUCGAGCUGAGGAUGACACUUGCAAGGUUAUUGUUUGAAUUCGAUAUGGAGUUGAUGAGUAAACCGGUUGAUUGGAAUACAGAGUUGGAUUUUUUCCAGUUCUGGAAGAAGGUUGAGACGAGAGUGAAGUUUACGAGUCUUCAUUGA